AUUGGAACGUGGAUGGUUCCUAAAAUGGCGGCGGUUUCUGUCAGUGUGGAAUGAAACUUUCCUAUUUUUAACGACAGAUUUAUCAUUUUCUAACACAUUCUGUGGACUUCAGCCGUCUGUUUAUUAACGUAAGCAUUAACGAAAUACAGAGCCGUCAGACACUCGACGUCGGGACCGAGUGGAGUCGUCCGGGGCUCUGUUUUUAAUCGCCAAUUUGCUGGGCUUCCCUCGAAGUUGACGGUGGCUGAGUGCCUGACAUUGCGAUCAUACCGACUGUUGUUGUCAUCGGACUGCUCAACGCGGAACCACCAGGUGAGAUUGGACGUCGGCCGAGUAGCUAGCUAGCCUGCCGGCCAAAGAGCGUCGAAAACGACUCGACGGCUUUUCGUUCGGCUGGAUUCCGUCGGGGCUGAGGUCGGAGACCCUGAGGACGUGUCACGUCGCCUGUCAGUUGAAAUUAAUACGUGGUGUUGGAUGUCACCACCAGUCAGUGUCAGGCGGAAUUUGGUUUGCUAGCAUCGUCCAUCCUGGCAAAUCAAAUGGAGAAGCUCCAGGACCUGAGCCAAUCAGAGCUACAGGAGCUCCUGGACAACCCGGAGAGGGUGGAGUCAAUGGCUCUGGAGUCUGACGAGAUCCAGAACAUUCAGCUGGAGAGAGAGAUGGCGCUGGCAUCAAAUCGCAGCCUGGCUGAGCAAAACCUGGACAUGAAGCCCCGUCUGGAGUUGCAGAAGGAGGUGCUGGUGGAGAGAUAUUCUCAGCUAGAGGCCGUCAGAGAAACCUACAGACAACACUGCUCCCUGAGAGACGGGAUGGUUGGUCAGGUGUCCCCAGAGGCAUUGUUCUCCAGACUACAGACAGAGAGCAGCAAAACAGAGGAAGAGUCAGAGGCUCUAGCCGAUGAGUUCCUGGAGGGCUCUCUGCCGUUGGACUCAUUCCUCGACCACUUCCUCUCCCUGCGCUCCCUCGCUCACAAAAGACGGGUGCGGAUAGAGAAGCUGCAGGAGAUCCUGCGACAGAGGAGUGAGGGCAAUCCCACCGCCAUGACAUCAUCAGCAGGCAUCUGCCAGGACCCUGCCGCCACACCCUCACCGUGGAAUCAGCCAACGACAACAGCAACGACGACGAAUCAGCAGCAGCCGAACUCCAAACCUCAGUCCUCCAGCUACCAAAACGCCUCGCAGCCGGCCUCCUCAUCUGCAGGGGGCUCCUCCGGCCUCCCCUACAGCCCGUACCCCGUCGCCCCCCCCAACUCGGCCCCCGCAGCAGCAGCCGCUGGCCCGGCCAACCCCACGCCACAGUUCCCUCCCUACCCGGUUUCCGGCUCACCUUUCACCCCAGGAGGCAGCUACUCCGGCCCCAGGCCUGCUUUCGGGCCUCCGGCUUCAGCUGCCUGCCCUUACCCGACCCAGCCCUCUUUCCCUGCUCCGCACCCGGGCUCAGCGUUCGGCCAGUACACCCCCAGCCACCCCCAGAGUGGCCCCGCGCCCUACCCGGCCUCCUACAGCUACGGCGGCUACAGCUACCCAGCCGGGCCCGCCUACUCCAAUUCUCAGUCGCCAACGGGGAGACCGAUCUACAGACCAGGAUACGGAGUUCCACAGCCGUACUCCUGAAAGCACUACUGCUCCUCUGUCUCAAUUCUUCCCUUCUUUCUGUCUCGCCCUUCUCUUCUCCCUGCCUCCCUGAAAUCCUCACCCCUAAUUCCCUCUCCUCCUCUUGUCUUUUUACCUUUUCUACAGUCCCUCUUCCUUUCUCCCACGCUCCCAGAUUCAAGAGGUCUCUUGCUUUACUUCUCUUUGUUGCACUAUUUCUCUCUUUCUCUAAUUAUCAAUCUGUUGAUCUCUCUGUCUUUCUCUCUUUCCUUUCCCCCUUUCUCUGUCACCCUCCAACCCACCAACUCCCCCACACUAGUCUCAGGUUGUUGCGUUGUGUUUAGGUGUUCAAACACUUGUAUCUUCAUACACUCACUGUCCUCCCUCCUCCCCUUCCAUUUCAAAUGUGUGUGUUGCUAUUUGGCAAUCAGAAAGUCCUUAUAAACACAUAAGUGCACUCCCCCUUAUGACGAAUACAUGAAAAAAAAAUCAGUUUUUGUAACACUGCAUCUGUGUCCAGUAGCUGUCUGAUUCACAUUAUUAUUCAUGAGCACAGUCUGCGUAAUGGAAGGUUUAUGUCCUGGUCUGGUUUCAGUAACUAACUGCUUGAUUCCACUGGGCCCGGCUGCGACACAUUCUGGCUGUGACCACCGUUCUAGACAUGGCUUGAGAUUCCAUCAGAAGCAGAGCGUUUCAGAAGCGGCUCUCUGCUCUGCUCCGCUUAAAAAACACCACGAUCAAGACGGAAUCAAGGAAUUCAGACACAGAAACGGCAUAGAGAAUCUGGCCACUUUUCAAAAUAAAACACCCUGUGCCGACCUCUGAUCGUAAAAACGGACGAAAAGGAAACGGCUGAACACACUGUAAAACCUGACUGAGUUAAACAAAAAACCGAGGGAAAAGUAACUCAUGUAUUUAUUGUUAAGGUAACUUGGCUAAAUUAAGUUAAUUGUACUAAUUAACUAACUUAAAUGCACGUUCUUUAUAGAAAUUUUAAAACUAUUUACCAUUUUUGGGGAAAACAGCAGCCAAUUAAUCUAAUUGUUACUGCUGUAAUUAAGUUGUCAACAAUAGUCUACUUGUUUUUUCAUCACAUAUUUAUGCUACAGGGGAUCAUUUAGAACGGUUUGGAUGCAUAUUUGGGCAUAUGAUGAUUUAUAAACUAAACUAAAAACAAAAAAAUGAAUGGUCCUAAGCUAUACAGGAUUAUAGCACUGUAUCAGUGGGUUUUACAUAUUUGUAAUGAUAUAAAGUCGACUUAAAGAAAAUAGGUCAAUGGAAGAACUGGAAUUAUAUCACCAAUACUUAAAAUACUGUAUAAAUUUAAGUGCACUCAAAAAUUUUUGAGUUGGGUUUAAUUAAUGGGAAAUGAAUGGAUUUAAAUAAUGUUCUGAGGAAAAAGUUAUGUGAACUUACUUCUUUUAUUAAGUUAGCUUUUACAUUAUCAAGGAAUAAUGUCGAAAUCAACUCCGAAUUGGCGGGCAAAAACGCUCCGCUUCUGAAGCGCUCCUCGUGGGUUACAAAGCUGCAUGCGGGAUGAACCAAAAGUGAGUAGCAGACGCAGCGUCACAGAGCUGUGCGCGGUGGAAUCCAGGCAACUAAGGAUUAUAUUGGAAAAGUAGAUGGCUGUCACAAAAUAUGGCUCUCAUGUUCAGUUUAGUUAGGGUUUUGAGUGGAACUGCCUGGUCUGUCAGCUCUUCCAGACACUGACCUACUCCAAACAGAAAGGUGGCAGGUGCAUUUCAUUAUGCACAGUUACCCAUGGACAGUGGGCAGAAGAACCACCAGUAACUCCACAAACCAGUCACCCUUUAGUUUCUUCAACCAAAGAACCUUUUCCUUUUAAUUUAACAUUGAAAGAGGAAGUUAGCUGCAGCCGUACUUUCCUUGCCAUCACUAAAGGGUCGGUCAAACCAGAAAGUGGCACAGAAAAAUAUUUUAUUCAAGCAUGACUACUCGCAGGGCUAGCUGACCAGCUAACACACAAGGCAGCUGGGAACAACAGUUGUGAACCAAGCUUCUUUUCUAUUUUCUAUGUGCUGGUUUACUCGUCCUUGGUACUUUGUUCUCAGGAUUGUUAAUCAUUUGCAGGAGAGGGAACAAAUGUGUUAACAGCUACUGUAAAUGCCUCUCAGUAAGCCACAUAUCAGCCUGGUGCCGGGACUGCACAGGCUCCGAGCGAGAGCUGCCUAGCAGCCCCAGCAAUAGUUUUGGAAAGGCUAUUUUAAACCACACCAAGUCUUCAUGUGUUUUUCCAUGGUGCAUGCUAACCCUACAUUAGAGUCCUCGAGUCCAUUUUCCUCAAAAACAAAGAGAAGAAAAACUUUAAAGCUAUUGCACUAAUUUUUAUUUCUUUGGCCACUUGGGGGCAGCGGAGAGCUUGUUCCACUGUAACGACACCGACCUUGUAAAGCCGAUACAGCAAUCCUUGUUAGCAAACAGUUGUCUAUUUCCACAUCCAGCAGACACAGAGCAACAUUACUAUUAUUUUGGGGUUGCGUUUGUAGGCUCAAAGUGGCUUUUAAAAAAGACUGUAGAGCUGAGGGGAGUUUGUCACGUUACACAUCUGAUCUGCUGUUAUUAUAAAAAUAGUGAUUAGUGCAGCUUUAAGAAAUGGAUGGGUCUUAUGAACCUCUCUGUCCCGUGUAUAGUGAAUUCAGUAGUGUCUCCAUCCCUUGACCCAAAUAAAGAUGGCAGCCAGACAUGUAAGGAGCUUUCAUUUUCAGUUGUUAGCCUUCAGUCUUCAGUAGGAUAGCUCACAUUCUAGUACAUGUAGCUUAUUCCACAAACCUUACAAACAGCUAGCGAGAUAGGGCAGGAAUGUAGAGCUACCAGAUGUUUGUAAAGGCUUACAGAACGAGCUGCUGUGGACGGCAGAUGUUUACUACAGCAUACAGCAAGCUAGCUUAAGCAGCUAAUGUUGCAGAUUGCCCACCUGUCCAACAAAUAUAACACCACGUCAGGACUUCUGAGUCUUAAUGCUCUUCUCACCUUUUAAAUUCUUGGGUUUCCAGCUUGUUUUGGCAGGACUGCACCUUUUCCAGCAAACAGCCAGACAGGUUUGUUUGAUAAAGUGUGGCGUUUCUGUGCUCAGAGCAAGACCAAUAAUAAAGUCUUACACGGG